AUGGAGACUUGUGAUCGGGGAUUUGGCAGCCUCCUGCCAGAAGAGAUCCUGACCCCCACCCUCUACCACGGCUACUAUGUGCGGCCCCGGGCCACCGCAGCUGGGGAGGGCAGCAGGGCAGGGGCCUCGGAGCUCAGGCUCAGUGAGGGUAAAUUUCAGGCGUUUCUGGAUGUGAGCCACUUCACCCCAGAUGAGGUGACUGUAAGGACUGUGGACAACCUGCUGGAGGUGUCUGCCAAGCACCCCCAGCGCCUGGACCGCCACGGCUUCGUGUCCCGAGAGUUCUGCCGCACCUAUGUCCUGCCUGCUGACGUGGACCCCUGGCGGGUCCGCGCAGCUCUCUCCCACGAUGGCAUCCUUAACCUGGAGGCACCUCGGGGUGGCCGACAUUUGGACACGGAGGUCAACGAGGUCUACAUCUCCCUGCUCCCUGCGCCUCCAGAUCCAGAGGAAGAGGAGGAGGCAGGCAGAGUGGAGCCCUGA